CCGUCAGUCUUGUGCCUGUUCCGUAGCUAUUCUGACGUUUUAGGACUCCGGUUGCGUUGCGUUUCUUCCCCGAUUGGUCAAUUCCAGACACACACAAGGUGUCUCGUCGUCGGUCGGUCGUGCGGAGAAAUUCACCACCAUCUUCGAUUGGUUUUGUGGCGUUUAUUUGGUCGAGUGUUUGUUGCGCAUUGUUUUCUCGGACACAUAACGGGACCAGCUGACAGCUCUGUUGACGUUUCGCUAUUGGUUACCGCGAGGGGAGUUGAGAAGGUUUGGCGCAUCAACAAGUGGCCGCGGCUACUAGAUUGGCUGUGCGAGCAGGACGGCAGAAGCGGUGGUCAGUCUGAAGAGUCCCGAUUUGGGAAUUUCGUGGAAUUUCACCAAUUCGCGACGGAGAGAGUGCGCGAGUUGAGUGUUGCGCAAAGAGUUGCCAAGUGAGACACAACAACAACUGUCAGUGAGUGCGAGUUCGCGAGCUAGCUUAGUAGUAGUUUAGACGCGAUAAGCGCGUGUGCACAGUAAAAUUUAAGUGCGUGUAACCCCGUUUUUCGCGAGACCAUCGGAGCAGUUCAGAGACAUCACAGUUUGACAGCGAGUUUUCUUUUUCUGCGUGUGUGUGCGUGCUGCUGUUUUUGGAAAUUGGAAAACAAGUUUGCGAGGUUCGCGAGACAACCCAGCCAUACACAUCCACAGUGUGGUCGUAGUAGGCUUGGCCCGGGUGUGUUGUUCGAGAACUGCUGGCGAGCACGUUCCGUUAUAUUUUGGUGUGUAACAACCUGUGGGAAGAACCGUGCGGCCCUAGUGAAAUCCCCUUGUAAAAAUUACCGUAGUGGCAACAGGUUUUCAGAAGGUGUCCGGGUUCGAGACAAGUGACAGUGACAGCUCCGCGCACGGUACAACUUCCACCGCAAUCAUCAAACGCAUUUGCGCGCCGUGAGAAAUCUGAUUAAAUCCGCAAUACAAACUGCAAGCAGCAAACCAAUAGCACAUUUGCGCGCGUGAACAAUUACUCAUUAUCAAGCUCGCGUGUCGAGAACCUCCGAGUUAUGCAACCGGACAGCUUCUAGCUGCUCGAAUUUCGACUUUGGAACCGUCGAAAAGAGAGGUUUCGCGCCACAAGCGACGAACCCGCGUCCGAUUUUGGAGCGAGCAGUGCGAAAGGAAAAGGUGAAAAAAAAGGUUCAAGUGCAAUUAAAUUUUCGGUAGGAAGUUGGGCAAUCCCCGCACAGGAAAAAAAGGAGCUAACGAAUUCAGUGAGAUUACCAUCAUCAACGACGGUACGGGGAGAGAGCUGUACCGGAGACUUGUGCGCGCGCGCGCGGCGGGGCAAAUAAUUAAACAAAGUAGCAAUAAAACAACUAAAAGUGUUUGAGGUGGAGUGCGUCUGUUUUUUUGUUGGUGAGGCCCUCCUGAAGAGAAGUAGCCCCAAUUGCUAACGGGCCAAUAUCUGGACACUUGAGCCAUCUGCCUCCUUAGAAGUGCGCGUGUGUGUUUGUGUACGGUGAAGAGAGUGCAGAUUCCCUGGCCCGCUGAAGAGGAGACGACGACGUCCCAAGAUGCUAGUUCCGGGACAUGUGGUGUCACUGUACGUGGCGACGAGCGGCUAUAACGGGGCCGCACUUGGCUCCGACGAGAAGGAGGUUGUUCUGCUGAUUUACGUAAUCAUCGAUGUGCAGACAAAUAAUAUUGUCGGCGUCAAGCAGUUCUUUGUGCGGCCCACGAACCCGAUCCAGCAAAGCCAGCAGCAGAGCCUCCUGAACGCCAGCAGUGCCAGCCAGAACAACAUCAGCUCCAGCAACACCUCGCUCGACAACCAGUCCCUCGGAAGCGGCACGACGACGGCGACGGCCAGUUCGGCCAACUCGGUCAACAACGCCACCAGCGCCACCACCAGCAGCAGCCUCACCGCGGGGUCGUCCCAGGCGCCGUGCGAGAAUGCCAUCAGCCAGGAGAUCCCCGCCAUCGAGUCCCUGAUCGCGUCCAGCGGGCGACCCCUCGAGGAGGUGAUCGAACAGUUCGAUGCCUACACCCGGUCCCUCAAGAUUGACCCCCACGGGGCCAACUUUCGGCUGGUGACGGACGGGCAGCUCCCGUUGCGCCAGUGUCUCCACCCAGAAGCAAGUGCCAAAGAUAUUCAGCUCCCGGCGUACUACUGGCGGUUCAGCGACCUGCGGAAGGAGUACGUCCGGUGCAAGGCCGGCGACCUGGCCCGGGCCCUGGUGCCGCUGUCCGACGCGACCAAGCUGCACGCGAUGCCCCGGCUCCCAGCGGCCCUCGGCUCCGUCGCCGAGAUAAUGCAAGAUCUGGAUCUGUCCACAUACCAGGAUAGUGAAAUCUACACGAAAGAAGCCCGUGAUAUGGUCACAAUCAUCCAGCACAUGAUAUCGUUAGGUCAUAAAUUCGAAGCAAAUGAAAUAGUUAAUUUAAAUUUAGAACCUGGAAUAUGCUCAAUCGAUGACGAAAUUGACGGCACUUGCAUAGUGCGGGCACGGGGACUGCCCUGGCAGAGCAGCGAUCAGGACAUCGCGCGGUUUUUCCGUGGAUUGAAUGUGGCAAAGGGUGGCGUAGCGCUCUGCCUAUCGCCCCAGGGACGCCGCAACGGCGAAGCGUUGGUACGGUUCGUCUCGCAGGAGCACCGCGACAUGGCGCUCAAGCGGCACAAGCACCACAUCAGCAAUCGCUACAUUGAGGUUUACCGCGCCUCCGGCGAGGACUUUCUAGCCGUGGCCGGUGGCGCUUCCAACGAAGCGCAAGCCUUCCUGUCCAAGGGCGCCCAGGUCAUCAUCCGGAUGCGCGGCCUGCCCUACGACUGUACCGCCAAGCAAGUGCUCGAGUUCUUCGCCAACGGCGAAACCAGCUGUACGGUGCUGGACGGCGCCGACGGCAUCCUGUUUGUGAAGAAGCCGGACGGGCGCGCCACCGGCGAUGCGUUCGUGCUGUUUGCGCAAGAGUCGGACGCGUCCAAGGCGCUCUCGAAGCACCGCGAGUCGAUCGGCCAGCGGUACAUCGAGCUGUUCCGGUCGACGACGGCCGAGGUUCAGCAGGUCCUGAACCGCUCGAUGGAUCCGAAGACGUACGAGCCGCCGCAGCCGCCGUUGAUUGCGGCGUUGCCGCCUGUUCAGAUGCCGCUGCUGCCGCAGCACGUGAUCACCAGUGGGACGGAGAAGAACUGCAUCCGGCUGCGCGGGUUGCCGUACGAGGCCAAGGUCGAGCACAUUCUGCACUUCCUGGAGGACUUUGCCAAGCACAUCGUGUACCAGGGCGUACAUCUGGUGUACAACGCACAGGGUCAGUUCAAUGGGGAGGCCUUCAUCCAGAUGGACUCGGAAGCGGCCGCGUACCAGUCGGCGCAGCAGAAGCACCACAAGAACAUGAUGUUUGGCAAGAAGCAGCGCUACAUCGAGGUGUUCCAGUGUUCCGGCGAUGACAUGAACAUGGUGCUGAACGGGGGCUUCCAGCAGCCGAACAACAUCUCGAAACCGCCGCUGCUGUCACCCGGUGGCACCAUCGUCGGGGCUCCCUUUGGCACGUUCACCCCGUUCGGACCACCACCGGCGGCCGUUUUACCCCCGCGAGCGCACCAUCCCGCCGCAGCGUUUUACCCGCAGCCGAUCCUGUACUGGGGCUAUCCCAGUCCACCGGUAUCGCCGACGACGUACUACGGAGCACCGCCGGGCCCACCGGCCCCCCACCAUCUGCCACCGAACAUGCCCCCGCAGCAUCACCACCAGCCGGCGUUGCUUUCGACCGCGUCCGGCGUCACCGCUUCAGCGGACCAUCACUACCCCAACCACACCCACCACUAUUCGGCCUCGUCGUCGUCCUGUUCCUCGUCCGGCGGCCGGCACGACUCGGAACGGUCCGGCUCGACCCCGCAGCCCCAGUCUCCCCUGUCCCCGAUCCCACCGAGCGGUGGUGCAUUUCCGGCGAUCGGACCCGGAACGACGCCUCCACCGCCCUUCCACCACCAUCAUCAUCACCACUUGAAUCAACACCAUUACCACGGGGUGCUUCCACAGCCGCUGCCACAGCUUCCGCCCACGUACGAGCACCACAUCCACGACAAGCUCGUUUCGGCGGGGCCCGGAAGUUUGAUGGGCGCGGCGGCGGCGGCACCGAAUCAGUACGUUGAGCUGUUCAUCGUUUAGUCUGGAUAAGUAGAAUAUUUAAUGCUAAUUUAACUGUUUGUGUGAAUGUUGUGACUGUUGCAUGUUUGAGUGGUUUUACUUUGAAUGUUUGUAAGUAUUUGAUUUGUUAUGUUUAAGUAUGUUAUACUUAAUUUGUAGUUUUAUACAAUAAUUGUAAAAAUUGUGACGAAGAAAAGCGAUCCACCAACGAUGAUGCGGUGAUACUUUUUGGUAGAACUUGUUUUUUCAUGAAACUUGUAAAAAUCUAAAUUUAAAAAUCAAUUUCCACCAUAAAAAAAAUUAAAACAAUUUCUACAUUCUCCAUUAUUCUUAAAAAAAUAUUACUAUUUUUUUACAAUGCUCAAUUAAAGUGUUAAUGAUAAAACAAAUUUUCAUUCGCAUAAAUUUACCUAAAAAAUGAGUAUGUUUAUGGCACCGUGCUGUGUGGAAAACAAACAGCUGUCACUUCUCAAAAAAAAAAAAAAAAACUCUGGUAAUUUGUAAACUCUUUUGUUGACUCACUGUCAGGCUAAGUUUUAGCAAAUGUCGAUCUGAUAUCUUGUCGCCAUAAUGAACCAUUGCGAUUUAUUUAUGGGGAUGAUGGUUUAAAUCAACACACCACCCCGAUUUGAGUGCGCUGAUAAUUUUUGCAUCAGAAACCAAUACAACAAAAGCAAUAUCAAGACGAAUACAUAUGAGCAAUUCUCAAACAAAAAAAUCGAAAAUCUGUAUUGUUCGAAGAAAUUUUCUGAUUGGUGUCUUAUGCAAAGUUGUAGGUAAUGCUGAGGACCUAUUCAGAAAAAAUGUUACGCGGAAAAAAAUGCUGAUUUUUAAACUAACUUGUUUUCACAAGAAAUCAUUUUCCCAUAAUUCUUAUUUUUUAAUUUUUGAAAUCUUUUAGACAAAAAUCUGCAACUUUGGGCCAUAGAAAAGUAUCGAUAUAAAUUAUGUUUUUUUGUUUUUGAAAAAAUGACUUUUUUGGGGAAAUAACCAUUUUAUCCAUAACAAAUUGACUUCAGUUUGAAAUUUACAAUUGAAUUUGCACGGAUUUGUUGAUAAAAUGCACCGUUUAAAGAUGUUUUCUAGUCAUAAGUUUACCAACACGUUCAAAUUGUCUACGUGGCAACUGCGGGUUUGUUUGCAUCAGAUUUGCUAUCUCUUUCUAGCAAAAGUUUCUUGUCAUGCAAUUUCUAGCUGUUUUUUUUUUUUUUUUUUUUGACUGGCAGCCAAAUAUGACGACCAUCAUAUUUCGUGGGGCUGUGACUGCUCGAGCUCGAUUAUUGUUUGCAUCAGGACACUGUGACGAGGAGUAUGUAAUUUUUGGAUUAAAUUAUUUAUUUUUUUCACUGGACCUAGAAAGCCUUAUUGUUCGAAAGAGCUUUCUGUUCGGUUUGGUGGCUUCGGCAAUUUUGUAGUUAUUGAUGAAGACUAUUCAGAAAAAAAUGCAGGUGAAAAAAAAUGGUGUUUUAAAUUUGUUUUUUUUUCACAAAAAAGUCAAUUUUUAAAAAUCAAAUAUAUUUUUGAUAUUUUUUUAGAAAAACAGCAACUUUUUAGCCAUAGAAAAGUAUCGAGAAAACCCUUUUUUUUUUUGUUAAAAAUAUGUGUUUAUUGGGGAAUUAACAUUUUACCCGUAUAAAUUUUACCUUCAAAAAAUUUCAAAAUUAAGAAAACUGUGGACAAACAUUUUUUUCUGAAUAGUUCUCAUCAAUAUUUACAACUUUGCCGAAAACACCAAACCCAAUCAGAAAAUUCUUCCGAAAGAUUCAGAUUUUCGGAUAUUUACGUGCCGAAAAAAGUUUGAGCCAAUUAAAAAAAUACAUUACAAAAUAAAAUGCACAAAAUCGGCCGAUUUAGUAGAGAAUUGCUCAUUUGGAGCUCACGCACACAAACUUGAAGCGCGUAGCAAUACAGAAGCGACGGAAUGACGAUCUGUUGGUCUAAAAUACAUUCAAUCGUUCUUUUAACAUUUAACAGUCAAACAAUCUUUUAAAAUUAUUAUUUUGACUUUAAUGCAAUAUUUUUCGACAGCAUAUUUUGUAUGGAUCGAAAACUAUUUUGCAAGCUAACCGGCUCCGUGGCUUAAUGGUUACGGCUUCUGUCUCACAAGCAGAUGGUUCAGGGAUCAAAUCCCGGUCGGUACCUUUGAAAUUUGGAAUCAUCAAAGUUCAAGAAUAUGAACAAAAACGAAAAUAAAUCAGGUGGGAUUCGAACUCACACCUUUGGAUUGGUGGUCUGGGACGCUAAGCAGUCGGCCAUCAGAAGGUUUACUCUCAAGCAUUGAAUUGAUCCGUAGUGUUGAAACAUGUUAUCUCUAUCCUCUCAUAUUAAAUACGCGCUGAUCCCUGAUUUGCCUGAGGGGAUUGGAAGUCUAAAUAUAGAUCGAGUUUCCUUCAGAUGCUUGCUUCUAUGUUUAGGCGGGGCCGAACAAUGCCCAGCGACCUCGGAAUUGGACCGCAAGGAGCUCUGUCAUUCUGAAACGGGUCGUUGGAAGCAGCGCGAGGGUUAUCACCACCUAAUACCCGGGACUAAGAUAUGUUGUAUCAGCAUUCGUCAUAUACAAAGCCUGAUACAAACUAUACUUUCCCAUAAUUUCGCUACCGGUUAGCGGGUAUUGGAUUGGACUACACACAUACACACACAUCGAAAACUAUUUUGCAAGCUUUGCAAACUGUCAAACACGAAAAAGUGCGAGUUUGUUUGUUUGUUAUGUCAGCCAACAUUCGCAGGGCUUUGACAGCUCGAGCUCGGCCAUAGAGUUAUCUACGUGCGCAUGUAUUGCGUGUACAUACACGAAAAAGAUUGAGGUUAAAUUUUGUCCGGCCAGCAAAAUCAAAUGGUGCGCUAGUGUGUGUACGCGAAACGUCAUAAAGCUCUAUUGAUUGCAUCAAGAAACUGUGACGAGAAGUUCGUCAUUUUUGGGUUAAAUAUUUUUUUUUCAAUGGGCCUAGAAAGCCUUAUAUCUGCUGCUUGAGUCAAAAAUGGGAGCACAAUUUUUUGUUUUUUUUUUCUGCAAAAUUCUUACUUUUUCCGUUAAUUUUAUUUUUAUUAUUUUUAACUUUUUUAUUACUGAUGUUUAAAAGUUCAUGAAAAAACUAGUCUUUCUACCGAAAAAAUCGCCUGCGAGUGUAAACAAAAAGCAAUCAAAAGCAUUCCAAACUAAUCCAAGACAUACAUAUCAAAGUUUAUACAAGUAGCCAAGAUUAAUCCCACUUUUAAAACUUAAGUACAAUAGAGAGUAUAAAUGAAACUUAGCAUAACGAAAAAUAUUUAACCUAGCAAUUAUACGAACCAUUUUUGUCUCUUUUUGUAAAUUUAUUUAAGCGGCUCCGUGGAGGGCCCUCUAUAGCGUUUAAAAUGAGUUCCACUCUAGUUUGUAUGAAAGAAGCUUAAAGCAACGAUGAAGAUCAAGAACUACACACACACACUCGAUAAGAUAUUUGCUCAAUUUCUUGACUAACAUGUGACUGCUGUAAAUAUACUAUACUAUAAAUAUAGCCAAUGCAAACCAGCAGCAGUCGACCCUGCUUAGCCAAGCGCCGUGUAACACGUACUAGUUAAUAAUGUUGUGCUUAGUUUGUUAAGGAAAGAACCCUUUAAACUCUGUUAAGUUUAAAAAAUGACCCAUUAUCAUAUUUACCUGUUUGUUUAAGUUAAAAUUGUUUAAUUUUAUGUGCAAAUGUUUAACAACAACAAAAAUCACGACAUGUCUUCCAAAAGCAAGCAAUCAAAAAUUAAGAACAACAUCAAAAGUUCAAUGCGAUUUCGAGAAAUGCCUUAAUUUAUAAAAUUCAUUAGGUUUAGUACCAAGUAACAAUCAUGCGCCCCCCUAACGUAGUAAAUUAUCCUUGAGAAGAAACUAAAAAAGAACGUAUAUUUUACCCCUUAAGUUUACGUACCGUUACAAACGCUCAAGAACAAUCGCAAUCACGUGUGCAAAUUUUUAGAGGAAGAAGAAGAAAAUCUCGAAUCGAAUCGGUGCUGUUCCGUUUUCGUUUGCGAACAUUAUUUGCUCAACUUAGAAAAAGAGAAGAAAAAAAAAAAAUAACCAACUAACUAAAAACUAAGGAUUUCAAAGCAAUACAACCAAGAGGAACGUCGUUACAAAGCAAGCGGCAAAAAAAAAACAGCAAAGAAACAGGUGUGCCUGAUGAUUGGGAACAAAAUUUGAGUAGAGAGAGAAAGUGAGAGCAAAAAUAGCAAUGUUGACUUGUUUAACAGUUUUGUUGUACUUUUUAGGACAUGUUGAAGGAUGUUGUUUGUAAGAGGAUUUAUAUUAUAUUAUGUGUAUAAAAGAUAUUGAAAACGCAACGAGGAAGAAGCGUGCGACAAGUGAAGUGAAAGAUUUGAAAGUUGGAAUCGAUGUGCUGUGCAAUAGAAUGGCCCAAUUAAAAACCGUUAUUCACGAAAUAAAUGCAAUUUUUAUGUUAGUGAAAA